UUGGCACUAUUUGUGCUUAUUUGAAACUGGAAUAGAAAUAGUAUUGAUCUGUGUACAAAUAUCACCUUCUUACUUGUGGAUAUCAGAUUAAGAUUAUGAUAUUUGUAUUCAACCUCCAGCUUUCCUUUCACGCACUCAAUUCGUCAAGAUCUGUCUAUCAAUUGAAUGCCUUCAAGCCAGACCUCUUUGAUGUGUUUAUAGUAUUUGGUGCACAGGUUCAAUGCAGUGUUCUUUCAAAGGCAGUCUGUUCUGUCCUUAGAACACUUGUUACAAACAUUGAUUAUCUGAGCGUGCAAUUACCAGACAUCAAUGCAUCAAAAGUUCAAUGGGCUCUGCAGUGCUUCAAUGGCAUUAAGAAAACAUACUGGAUUACUUGCAAUGUUGACCCCGACAUACAACAUUUAGCUCUGGAUAUGAGAAGACACCCAAGCAAUUUUGUAGUGAGGCCUCGUGAUCUGAAGAGAUUGCUUGCAAAUUUUCAGUCAUCCCUUCAGGAAAUUACUAUCAUUGCAACGGAACGCAACUCCGAUCCUUCUGAUGCUGCAAGUGAAUUUGGUGGGAAAGCUGUUGAGUUCCAAAGCUACAUUGAUCCUACCAAAGAGAACGACUCUUUGCUGCACACUCAGCUGUGGAUGGAUCCUGCGGAUGAGUUUGUGCCGUGUGCUCAUAGCGGCAACCCAGUAGACGUGACUUUUUAUAUCAUAGUGACAUAGUAUAACAAAAUGGACAAAAUUGUAAUUUAUAAAUAGUUAAGAUAUAAUCCUCUAAUUAUCUUA